AUGGCUCAUUGCUUCUUCAGGCUUGGCAAGGCGGCGGCGGCUGGCGGGUGGCUGCUCGACUACAGCCUGGUGGAGGAGGAGAUCCAGGGCUCGAAGUUCAUCUACAUGGUUGACGACCCGGCCGUCUCCAGAUCCCGGCCAGAGUCCAGCGCGCCACCUGGCACCAAGGCUUGCCGUGAGAAGCUCCGGCGAGACAGGCUCAAUGAAAGGUUCAACGAGCUCUACGCCAUCUUGGAACCUGGCAAGCCACCAAAGGCCGACAAAGUUGCUAUUCUAAGCGACGCUACCCGUCUCCAGAACGAACCAGCUGCGUACCGAGGCGCAGAAGCUUAA